GUGCACAUGCGCAGACCGGUGGAUUUGUUGAGCCCUGACUGCUAGGCAGCGCAGUGCUAAUCGCGGAGUUAAACAUCCGUAUUAUAUCCGUCUGUAAACACUAACUUGUUCACUGUUAGUCUUUUCUGUCGAGGGGAACUUACAGCGACCAAGGCGUGAAAGAGAAUGCCCAAAAAUAAAGGUAAGGGAGGAAAGAAUCGGCGACGUGGAAAGAACGAGAAUGAGUCUGAGAAGAGAGAGCUGGUGUUCAAAGAGGAUGGACAAGAGUAUGCUCAGGUGAUCAAAAUGCUGGGGAACGGCCGUCUGGAGGCGAUGUGUUUCGACGGUACCAAACGGCUUUGCCACAUCAGAGGAAAGCUCCGGAAAAAGGUCUGGAUCAACACAUCAGACAUUAUUCUGGUGGGACUCAGAGAUUACCAGGACAACAAAGCUGACGUCAUUCUCAAAUACAACACGGAUGAGUCUCGGAGUUUGAAAGCCUAUGGGGAGCUGCCAGAGCAUGCUAAAAUCAACGACAUUGACGGGACUGGGCCUGAAGACGAUGAGAUCCAGUUUGAUGACAUGGGCGAUGACGUCGAUGAAGUUGACGAUAUCUAAUCGUCUGCUCCAGGUGGAUAAUUACAUGACACUUCUCACCGAUAAUAAAUAUUUUUACUAAGAUCAUCCUAAACAAGUUUAAAAUAGUUUAUUAAAAUAUAAUGUGUCCAUUUCUGUCUUUACAUUUCACAUCAGGAGAAAAGUAAAUCGCCACUGACUUAAUGUGGUGUCUAAGAAAUGUAACUCUGGUGUGAAUGAAGUUUAAAGUCUGCCCUGCGACUGAUGAUGUCACAGGGACAGAUUGGACAGUUAACGCUGAGACCAGCAUUGUAACAUCCGGAGCAUUGAUAGACAUUUUAGUUUUGUUUUUUUUUCUCCUCUUUGUUCAGAAUUGCUCUCUUGCCACAUGCACGUCUCAUCAGUUUGAAACACCACUCUUUUUAAGAUGUAUUUAUAUUGGUUUCACUCUAUGUGGAAUAGUAAACCGCCAAUAAACAAAUAAACCAUUUUGUGUUUACCCC